CAACCUUGGAGCAAAAGCCACCGACCCACGUCCUCACCCAGCCAUGGCUUGGAGCCCUCGGCGGCCGGUGGAGCGCAUGGUGUCGAUGCCAGCUCGUCCCAAGCCGGCUGGACGAGUGGCUCCACCCACGCAGCUGGGCGUGGUGUACAGCUCCUCUCCGGGCACCGCGCUGCAUCGCCCGUACCCGCAGGUGCCUGCUUUUGUACUCAGCCCCCGAAGCUGCUCAGGUGUCCAGCGGGUGCUGUCACGCACUCCCACGGUGCCUUGGCGGGGUGCAGGCCCCGGGGUUCGCAGCUCCAGUGCAGAGAACCUGGGAACAGGUGCCGCCAAAAGUGCGAGCAAGUCGCCCAGAGGGAAAGCUGCUGCCUGCCCUCGCCGGGAUAGGUCGAGCGAGCUGAGACCGGAUGGCCGGAGAGACGGUGUGGAGAUCCUUUGUGCUCCUGUAAGUCCUGUAAGGCCAAAAGCUCCCAGUGCGGUCAAUGGUGUGAUGCGCUGUGCCAGCGCGGUGGUCUCGAGGCCAAAGCAUGCCUCACCCCAACGACAGGCAUCUGGAGGCCGCUUACCGAGCUCCGCGCGGGAGGUGCGCGUGCCGCUCAGCGAGCUCUGCGAGCCCCGAGUGCCAGAGUCUCCGCGCGACCAGAUGCGGAGUUCCCCAGGGGAAGAGGGAAGCGCCGAGGAGGAGGGACUGCGGGAACGCACUCCGGCACCACUUCCGGAAGGUCUCGGUGGAUUGGAGCAGGUCUUGCUUGAUCGCAUCGCAGCUCUAGAAGCUCAGGUCGUCGACCGUCAUGGCCUGCUGGCGAAGAUCCACCAGCAGCAGGAGCAGCUGGAUCGCCUGGAGUGUUUAGCCAAGGAGAACGCAGCUUUGAAGGCGCAGGUGGCCAAAGCACGACCAGCUCGAGGUCGAAAGACGCGGGGGGGUGGGCAAACGCUGACGCCCUGGUGUGGGCCCGGACUGGGACUCCCUUCGAAGGCGCCAGAGCUCCGCACCACCCGGGAACCCGCGCAGCGGCGCCAGCCGGUUGACGGGGGGCGGCCCGAUGCGCAGCGACUGCAGGUGCUUCCUCCGCAGUUCUUGGCCCCGAAGCUGGAGACGCGAAUCGAGGAGUUGGAAGAGGCCUUGGGCUUGGCGCUGGAGGAGCGAUGAAGGCACCAAUCUUGUGACUCAUCGACUCGAUAACUCAGCUGAGAAUCCGGUGGACAUGCCGCUAGUCCUGGUAGGGUGGAACAUGUUGUGAAUGGAGAGCAGAACUUCUACAAGUUCCAGUAAGUCUAAGUCUGCCUUGGAGCUUCGUACGAGUUCUUUGUCACGGGCUAGAUGAUUUGUUGGCCUAGUCAUUGGACUGGCAGAACCAAGACACCUCACCUCACCACACAUCUUGAGAGAAAUGAUCAAUCCAGGGUGACCACGAUCGACCCAGGGUGACCAACUUUUUUGUCCACUCGCAGAAGCUGUACUAUGUUUGCUAGUACUUGGCUACUCAUGCACAUCAUAUCACGGUGAGCAUGGUAAUGUCUUGAAUCAGUUUGUGAGUUCUACGCUCUGUAGCUGAUGCUCUCACAGAGUC